AUGGAACCUAACGAAUCAAUCGAAGUAUUUAUCGAAAGAUUUAUACAGUUAAAAAGGCAAGCAGCCACUGUCGAUCCCACGAUCCUGAUCAGUCGUUUUAUCAAUGCACUCCCCGUCGAGCUAUCUAAUCAAGUCACUUUUAUCCUAACAGGUGCAAGUGAUACCAAUAAGCGUUCGCUUAUUUACGUCAUGUCUUUAGCUAAAGAUCUUUACACCAAGUUAUUUCAGUUUAGUAACAACUUGAACAUGUUGAAUAGCAGUAACAAUGGGAGCAGCAGCAGACAACACUUGACGGGACGUCAAAACAAUCUGUAUGAAGGUCACGUUGCAAAGAAAAGACCUAUUACGAAUAGCAACACUUGUAUCUUACACAAGAACGGUCGUCACACUAGUGAGGAAUGUCAUACGAAUCAAAAUGAUCAACCUAGACGCUGUUUCCAGUGCGACUUCACUCCUUGGACAAAGGAUCACGUUUGUGCCACCAACAAUGCUAAUGAACAACCAUUGUUGACCUUUCGAUCUAUGACACGAAUCAACAACACUCGUCCCACGACUUUCCCCACACCACCUCCUAACGUGGAUGAAGACAUGGAAAUGGAUGAUCCUGAAGAAAGCUUUGACAAGUUUUCCAAAAGCUGUAAGUUAAACAUAAAGAACAGAUUUGAAGACAAUCCUCCUUUAUUACCAAUAGAAACUAACUCUAUUAUCGUUCCGAUCAUUUUAGAAGGUAUCAAAACAUGGGCGCUCAUCGAUAGCGGAAGUUCAUUUUCAUGCGUAACCCCUUCUUUGUCAACAAAGAUUACCAAUUUAAAGUUUUCCCCUUCCAUCAUUUACAAUAAAAAUCAAUUUAUUAAACUAGCACAUAAAGAAUCCUUUAUUGAACGUAUCGGUAUACUACCACAAUUAACUAUAUCGCAUAAUGGUAUUACCUUAAAACAUGAUUUUGAAAUAUUCGAUUUUAACUCUGCUUGUGAGGUUUGCAUUGGGAUAGACCUCAUGGAUAAGUGA